UUACCGUGUACAAAUAACAAAACUCUUCAAAAAUGCACAAUGAUACUUGUGGUGUGUCAAAUCUUUCUGGCUAUUUACAGAAGACAUGGCCCUGAUUUGAAUUUCUUUGAUGGUAAAAAAAUUUUUUUAAUCAAAGGUGGCCUACUGUGUGUAGUUCAUACAGGUGUUUUUUGUUUUUUUCUGGGAUUCUGGGAACGCCAGUUUAGGGGCGUUUGUUUUACAGGGGAAGGUUUUACGUACGGACCAAACCUUAACGGAAAGUUGAUUGGCCAAGAAACAAGGAAGACUGGUCUUUAUCGGGCAGCUUUGGACGGUUUACAGAUGCAUUAUGUCACAAUUACGAUGAUGUUUCAUUUCCCGAAGACAAACAAGUAGAUUGCUAGCCUAGUUAGCUUCUAGGUGCGUUGUUUUAGCUAUCCAGUUAAGUUCCGGUGCUAACUACGGACUACUAGCCAGCUAGUUAGACUGAGAGUAGACCUACUUUUUAGUUGGCGUAUAACGUUAGCUAACCAGGUGUAUGACUGAAAUUGCAGUCGUUUUCACAAUUUAGCUAACCAUCUACAGCAUCGGUAGGUGGCUAGCUAGCUAAUAUUUUGUGAAAGCGAGCAAGCCACAUGGAUGAGGGCUUUUGUGUCUGACCGCAGCAGAGAAGCAGCUGCAGAGGAGGACUUCAGACACAGGAUGCAUCCAGAUCAGGUUGAGAGGAAGCGGAGCAGGAGGGCAGCUGGCACGAGCCACAGCACCACCAGCAUGCCCAAAAAAGCCAAGAAAGACAAACCCAACAGGGACCCCAGGACCCAGCCCUCCAGGAAGCCCAAAGAGGUGGACCCCCCCCUAGUGGAAGCCCCCAGGGGUGCGGAGGGAGGCGCGGAGAGGGGAGGAGCGGAGAGGGGAGGAGCGGGGAACUCGCGCCCGGCGAAGGAGCCGGUGCCCGGCGGGAAGGAGAAGAAAAUGGAGGUGUCGGGUCAGCCCGAAAUGCCGUCCCAACCCCGUCUGGAUCCCAAGCCCCGUUUGGAUCCCGAACCACGCCUGGAGCCCAGACCUGGUCCAGACCCCAAACCUCGCCAGGUACCCGAACUUCACCUGGAGCCCGAACCUCAUCUGAAGGUCACCCCUCCGGCCACCCCUCCACCCACGGAAGAGAAGGCGGGGACACUGGGAGAAGGGGCCACAGUGGAAGAGGAGGAGGAGGAGGAGGAGGAAGAGGAGGAGAGUGGGGAUGACCUGUAUCGGGCGGAAGAGGAGAUCGAGCAGGCCAAGCACGGACGCAAGCACAGGAAGGGCCGCGUGGAACCGCUGAACGAGCACGACCGGGCAGCAGGAGCCGAGGGCGGCAGCAGCGGCAGCGUGGACGUCAUGGUGAACCUGCUGCACUACAGUGAGAGGGAGUGGAGGGGCAACACGCCCAAGAGCGCCCUCAUCAGGAAGGGCUAUAAGGAAGUGUCGCAGAGCUUCGUGGGGCUGCGCAGGGUGCGGGGAGAUAACUACUGCGCCCUCAGAGCCACCCUCUUCCAGGUGUUCGCCCAGAGCACCCAGGUUCCCUCCUGGCUGACCGAGGAGGACGUCACCCUGUGGCCAGAGCAGCUGCUGGCGGAGAAACAGCUGUUUGGACAGUGGCAGUUUCCCACGGAGCGCAGGGGGGAGGAGGCACCAGAGGGCGCCGUAGAGCAGCUGAAAUACAACAUGGGGCUCCUCAGGAAGAGGUGGGAGGCGGUGGCCCAGGCGGCCGGCCCUCAGGAGAGGCAGGCUGUGUGUGCCGAGGUGUUCCAGGCGGAGGAGGAGGAGUACGGGCUCCUGGAGGCGCUGAAGUUCCUGAUGCUGCGCACGGCCAGCCAGCUGCACGCCCGCAUGGAGAGCGGCGCCGACGUGCCCGUCUUCUGCUGGCUCCUGUUCGCCCGCGACUCCUCCUCCUGCCCCCGCGACCUCCUGCUCAACCACCUCCGCCACGUGGGCGUCAGCGGGGGCCUGGAGCAGGUGGAGAUGUUCCUACUGGGCUAUGCCCUGCAGCACAGCAUCAAGGUGUACCGGCUCUACAAGGCCGGCACAGAGGAGUUCACCACCUACUAUCCUGAUGACCACAAGGACUGGCCCUGUGUGUGCCUUUUGACCGAGGACGACCGCCACUACAAUGUUCCUGUGUCUGAGGCGGAUGGACUACAAGUCCCAGAAGCCCCCACUCUGGUCUGAGAUCGACAUAAGACAUUUGCACGAAUAGCACAGGUGGAACUUUCCGCCCAUAGACAAGACUGAUGAAGCUGAUGAAUCCAUCCAAGAAUGUAAUGUUGAUGACCAAUGAAGAUCAUUUGGUACUAAUAACAGUGGAUCACAGCCAGAAGGAGCGAGUCUAAUCGAAGUUAUUACACAAGAUAGGAAUUCUAUCAUCUAUCUAUAAUUUAAAGUUUGAUUGUUUUUUUGUUUUUUUUCUUCUUCUUUUUUUAAAUGUAAUUUUGUGGAAUGCAGACUGGAAUCCCGGAAUGUGAAUCGAGUUUCUCAGUUCACUUAUCUUUUUCUGGAUCUUUUUCAAACUGUAUUUCAGGGCAAGUGGAAUUUUUCAGUAAGUGGUGCUCGUCUUUACUAUUAACACGUUUCAUUUAAAUCAAAGCUUUAUAGGGAUUGUUGAGAUAUUGGUAUUGUUAUGAAUUCUUUGAAGGAAUUGAAGAAAUUGAUGCAAAAAAAAAGUGGCAGUGGAAAGCAAGCAGAUGAGCUUGAGCUGGCAGAGCAUUCAGAAGGGCACAUCCCGGGUCUGCCUGACCCUCAUGGCAACCAGACCCCCCCCCCCCCCGUUAGUGGAGGGUGACCCAUGGAGGGGGAAAACGUGGAGAGGGGUAACCCAUGAAGAGGGUAACCUGUAGAGAGGGGUAACCCGUGAAGAGGGGUAACCCGUGGAGAGGGGUAACCCGUAGAGAGAAGGUGGCCAAAGGAGGAGGCCCCAGAUUGCACACAGGCAGCUCCCCUGGUUUCUCAGGCCCCUGCAGCCGGUCUGCUCCAGCUGCGCUAGUCCUGCACAACGUCUGCGCAGCAGCACUGCCGGGCCGAGGAAGGGACAGAGACGGCCGCCGGCAGCGAAUCGGUGGACCCCUGCGCUCUCUCUCAGCCUGACGGAUGUCCCAGCUCACAGCUAUAACGGGGCGUUCCAGGUCGGAGGAAAACGAGAGGAUACAAGAACGUUCGUUUUGUUUUCAGAAGACAUUUUGAAAAGCCACUGCCAUGGUUAAAUGCUAUGCACCUGUGUUGCCUUAUGAAGCGCCAGUGAGAGGCACUGCUUUGGACUAACUGUUCUUCCUUACUGUUCCUUCUUUAAUCACAAUGUAAUGGUGUUUCACCCAAUUGUAAUAAAUAUCCCAGAAUUCCAA